AUGGCCGAACACAGCCCGAUGAAGUCCCCAACACCUUCAAUGCAAAUCCCACCCAUACCCGAACAUGCGCCGAAUCGGCGGGAAAACCAUAUAGGUGUUUGGAAGAGCUUGAGAGCCAUCAUGUUCUCUUCCUUGUCCUUGCUUGCGCUUGUUCCUUUGGAGGGUCUGGUAGAGUAUGGUGGCGAACAGAUGAGUCUAUAUUGUGGAAAAGAUCUAGGUGACCUCAUCGUUAUAAUGCUCAGCAACUCCGUCGAGGCUUCUUUGGCCUUCGUGCUGUUUACCAAGUGCGAGCUGCGACUUCUCCAAUCCACAUUGAUUGGCGUUACCCUUUUACAUCUACUCCUGGUGCCUGGUGUAACUUUCAUCAUUGGUGGGGCCAAGCUCGUUUAUCAAGAACUCAACCCUCAUAUCGCUCAACUCAAUCAUACAUUGCUGAUUACGGGGUUUGUCAACAAUCGAUACAGUCAAGAAGAGAAAGACCUUCUCGUAAAAGAGCCCGAGGUGAAUCUUUGGGUUUGUAUUUUGUUGCUUGUGGUAACCAUCGGGUUUAUCGCUCCUACAACACAAUUCCUCGCCGAUAGUGUUGAUAUCGUACGAGCAGAGGGCCGUAUUCCGGAAGAGUGGUUCGGCGUCCUUCUACCUCUCGCCACAUACAGCGCAGACGGGCUAUUAGCGAUCGGUCGCUUUCUGCGUUGUAUCGUCCGCCAUUUCCGGGGACAGCCGGCCCAGCCUUUGAUUCUGGCGAAGGCACGGUCCAUUCAUAUGGCCAUCCAAUUCAACCUUUUUUGGGUGCCGUCACUGAUUAUAACGGAUCAGUUUGAAGUAAUGAUCUUGGUUGGUGCAUGCUUUCUCGUGAGCUAUGUGACCGCCGACGCGAAAACGAACUGGGCUGAAGGGGCCACAAUGGUUUCUUUCUACGUUAUGAUAGCUCUAACUGCAUGGUUUUACGUUAGUGAUCGUGAAAUAUCACAGCUUCUCGUUGGUGGCAACUGCCAGGCUCCCAGCGACUCAAGCUAA